AUGUCUAAUAAAGGCGCCAAAUUUUCUUUAAAAGUUGUCACAAACAAACAGAAAACCAAAGUCGUCUUUGCAGAGGCCGACAGUCAGUUCGUAGAUGUUCUGCUGAGCUUUCUAACACUUCCCUUGGGAAAGAUUGUGAGAGUCUUGGCGAGCCAUUAUGGGGACUCGUGCUCGGCAAUUGGUAGCCUAACCACUUUGUAUAACGGUUUGGCCGACUUGGACAUUUCUAAUUUUGAGUCAGAGGCAGGCAAGCGGAUACUGCUCGACCCAAUGAGCCCCUCUGCCGCAAAGUGUCGUAACUUGAAACUCAAUAUCAAUGAUUCUCGGGUCACGGGAUAUUUUUGCUGCCCGGAUUCAUCUUGCGAGUAUUCGAUAAAGAAGAAUAUGAGUUUGUAUUGGGGUAUUGCAACGUGCGGUUGUGGGGAACGUUUGACAAGAGAAGUGCCGUUGAGGAGUGAUGAAAAGCUGUCCAAGCGUGGUGAUGGAGGUUUUGUUGUAAGUGGAUCGACCUUCGUAAUAUCCGAUGAUCUGACGAUAAUGCCGAACUCUCCAUCGUCCGUUUUACAAAUUCUUGGCAAUCUUGGCAUUACAGACACUGAUUGGGAUUUGAAGGAUGUGAUUAUUGGAUAUAAUGAGGUCAUGGAUUUGCUAAGAGGACUGUUUCUUUCUGGAACACCCCUGACGGACAUCGUUCUUAGCAAUGGGCAGAUUAAUUUGGCAAUGCGAGCCGAACCGAUAAUUCCUCCACCUAAGGUUGAAAAAAGGCGAACUUCCAAUUAUUCCGAACGUAUAGAUUUGAAGGUCAUUAUGCAAAAAUCGACCAACAAGCUAUUGUUUGCUCAAGCUGAUGAGGACUUCAUUGAUUUCCUAUUUGGUCUGCUCAUCAUUCCGAUAGGAGAGGUUGGGCGACUUCUGGACUGUAAAACGUUUCUUAGGAACGUGGACAAUUUGUACUUGAGCGCAAAGGAACUCAAUAACGGUAAUUAUAUUUUUGACCGUGAGAGUGCUACCAGUCUUGUCAACCCAACAUUACCUCAUGGUUAUGUUUCAAAUAACCAAAUUUUACCUCUUGAGGAAGAAAAAGCUGGUAAAAUGUACUACUAUCAAGGCCCAGACGCUCGAAAUGGCGAUUUUAUGUCUGAUUCUCCCUCUAUGGGAGGUUCAUGUCUCAAGGUUACUGAAUUCAAGUUCGGUUCACUGUUUAAGGGACCAAGAAUAUAUAUGGUGAACGAUGACUUAAGCGUGAUGCCAGCUUCUAGUACAUCGUAUCUUUCCAAUCUCGGCAGACGGGCGACCCAUGGCUUGAACCGAGGAGGUGCGUUGACCCUCCAACGACCGGAGUGCGGUUUGCCGGCGCUAGCCCUACAGUUAAGCUUGGGAAAGGCGGCCCCAAUUAAGCUUGGGGAAGGCGACGUUGACUAG